AUGGAUAUCACCGACAUGAGCAAACAGACAAACGGAGACAAACGCUGCCAAUUCCGAUCCCGCCCCCGCUUCACGCAGCCGCCCAAGAUGAGGAAGCGUGUGAUCGCCCGGCCGGUGGGCAGCUCGGUGCGUCUGAAGUGCGCGGCGAGCGGGAACCCGCGGCCAGACAUCGUGUGGCUGAAGGAGGAGCGGCGGCUGACGGAGCGGGAGGUGGGGGCGGGCCGGCAGAAGAAGUGGACCCUGAGCCUGCGGGGGCUGACCGCCGAGCAGAGCGGCCGCUACACCUGCAGGGUGUCCAACCGCGCCGGGGAGAUCAACGCCACCUACAAGGUGGAGGUCAUACAGCGGACCAACUCCAAGCCGGUGCUAACGGGCACGCACCCGGUCAACACCACGGUGGACUAUGGGGGCACCACCUCCUUCCAGUGCAAGGUGCGCAGCGACGUCAAGCCCGUCAUCCAGUGGCUGAAGCGGGUGGAGACGCACGAGGAGAGCCGCUACAACACCACCAUCGAGGUGGGCGACGACCACUUCGUGGUGCUGCCCACCGGGGAGGUGUGGUCGCGGCCCGACGGCUCCUACCUCAACAAGCUGCUGAUCACCAGAGCCAAGGAGGAGGACGCCGGCAUGUACAUCUGCCUGGGCGCCAACACCAUGGGCUACAACUUCCGCAGCGCCUUCCUCACCGUGCUGCCAGACACCAAGCCUCCCACCCCGCCCAUCUUCGCCCCGUCCUCCAACUCGCUGCCCUGGCCCGUGAUCAUCGGCGUCCCCGCCGGCCUGGUGUUCAUCCUGGGCGUGGUGCUGCUGUGGUUCUGUCAGAGCAAGAAGCACUGCCCGCCGCCCGGCCCCCCGGCCCCCCAGGGCCUGCAUGGCCCACACCCCCGGCUGGCCUACCGGGACCGGGAGAGAGGCUGCGCCGCCCCCUCGUCCGGCUCCUCCAGCCCCGAGAAGGAGUGCUCCGUGGGCUCCAUGAACUACGAGGAGUACCUGGCCCAGCAGCAGCAGCAGCUCCUGCUGGGCCAGGGCAGCUCGGGGCUGGCCACCAAGAUCUACCCCAAGAUCUACACGGACAUACACACUCACACACACUCCCACGUGGACGGCAAGGUGCACCAGCAUCAGCACAUCCAUUACCAGUGUUAACCCCCCCCCCCCUGUCACAGGGACCGCUGUGGUCUAGUGAACCCACACCAGCUCUGGAGGUCUCAAACCCACCAGGGCAAAGCUCCCUCCUUUGUUUUUAUAGACACCUUUACCAAAUCUGUGCCAAAGUCUUGCUGCAGCGGGGCAUUGAUGGCUGUGCGUCCGAGCGAGCGGUCCUGUGAUUGACAUGUUGGUGGUCAGUGAUACAACGCGUCAGGUUCGCUGCUUUCCCUUCCCUGCUCGUCACCAUGGUCACACCACUAAAGAGAAAAACAUUGGAUUCCUCCGGUGCACUAAAGGAGUCGGUGCUGUGUCUCGUGUGUGUUUCCAGAAGCAGACGAAUCAAUGCUGAGAGGUGGAUGGAUUCCUGUUGGUGUGUCUAGUGGGUUUUUCCACCUUCUGCUCAAGUGAAGUUCAAAAGGGCUCCUUUAAGCUGUUCACUUCCACAACUCUGUGCAUGCUCCAUGGUCGAGGUAAUUCAAGUGGUACUGAAUAUUUUUACAAAAGGGCUGGUUUAAUGCUCCGUCUCAGGUAGCCCUUUGUUAGCGUGACAUGGUGUUUGUAAUGCCCGUAUGUUAAAAGCCUACCACUAUCCUCACAAAACAGAAUUUAGCCCUCUUUAGAUGUAUGUGAACCCUAGGACUGCAAGGGAUAGAAUAAAAAAUGUGUUUCCAUGUUGUGUGAUUAGACACCAUCUACAUUCUCCAUGACCUUCUUCAGUUGGUUGAGCAAGAACAUCAAAUGUUUUCCCCGCCAAAUGAUUACCAGCCAGGGUAGAAAGUGUUUUGGACUGCAACCCUACCCAACCAAUUUAUGAAGCUCUAGUUGUUUAUAUCCAAAUUGAGUCGUAUUUAAUUUAUUUUAAUAAGAAAAUGUAUCAAUAGUUUAUUUUUCAGAGUUAUGCAUUUUACACAUCAUUGUAAGUUUAUUAAAGUAUACUGUAGUCCUGUAUAGUAUAUAUUUGAGUAUUUUUGUCAAGAUAGAGUAAUCACAUGUAUAUGGAAAUGUUUACUGUAGGUAUUUGAAUUUGUUGUAUGACAAUCUUGUAUUAUACAUUUACUUAAGUAUAAAAUCUAAAUCAUCUAUUUUGAUGAUUUAGCCGUUCGAUUAAAUGACUUGAAACUCA